AUGUCUGAGCUCGCUCCAAUUGCCGUCAUCGGCAUGGGGUGUCGACUCCCAGGGGGUGCAAGCAGCCCUGAGAAGCUCUGGGAGAUGCUUGCAGAAGGCCGGAGUGGAUGGGGUGAAGUUCCAGCAGAACGUUGGAACUGGAAAUCAUUCUAUCACCCACACAAUGAAGCCAAAGAGUCACUCAAUUCAAAGAGUGGUUACUUCUUGGACCAAGACAUUGGCGCAUUUGAUGCCAAAUUCUUCAACAUUGCCUCAUAUGAGGCUCAUGCAAUGGACCCGCAACAGCGCAUUCUGUUGGAGACAACAUAUGAGGCACUAGAGAAUGCCGGUAUCUCUCUGGACAAUAUCAAGGGUUCCAACACAUGUGUUUAUGUUGGUCUGUAUGCCCGUGACUAUGAUCGCAUGGGAUUCAAAGAUCUCCCCCAAAUUACCAAGCUUCACAUCACCGGAACAGGAGAAGCUGUUGUUUCGAAUCGAAUUUCGUACCUUUUUGACCUCAAGGGCGCGUCUGUCACAGUUGAUACAGGAUGUUCUGGAAGUAUGGUUGCACUACACCAGGCAUGCCAGAAUCUACGGACUGGGGAGUCAAACAUGGCCAUUGUAGGAGGAACACAACUCCUCCUUCACCCGGAUCAAGCUAUCGCAAUGAGUACGGUCGGCAUGGUGAACCCCCACGGUCGAUGCUUCGUCUUCGACAGUCGAGGUUCCGGCUAUGCACGAGGUGAAGGUGUCGGCACAAUCGUUCUCAAGCGCUUGGACGAUGCCAUCGCGGCUGGUGACCCUGUCCACGCAGUUAUUCGUAACUCUGGAUUGAACCAGGACGGUAAGACGGCAGGAAUUUCACUCCCCAACCCAGAUGCCCAGGCGGCUCUCAUGAAAUGGGUCUACUCCUCCGCCGGAGUGGAUCCGCGUAACACAGUAUAUGUGGAGGCUCACGGAACAGGAACGCAAGCAGGAGACAACGCGGAAAUUUCAUCUAUCAAUCAAGUCUUCUGCGAGGAGGCUGGACGAAAGUCAGAUAUCUAUGUUGGAUCGGUCAAAUCCAAUAUUGGUCAUCUGGAAGCUUCUAGCGGUAUUGCUGGUCUGAUUAAAGGUAUCAUGAUUGUGAAAAAGGGCUUCAUCCCUCCAAACCUAGAUCUUGAGACUCCAAAGCCGAGUCUCAAGCUUGAUGAGCGGAAAAUCAAGAUUCCUGUUCAGCUUACUCCUCUGCCCGAGCCAGAGCAACCUGGCCCGAGCCGAGUUUCUUUGAACAGUUUUGGCUACGGCGGAACUAAUGCGCACGUCAUUCUCGAGCCAGCUCCAGCUGUGCACCUCAAUGGAUCUGCAACUAAUGGAGUCCAGGAUGACCUUGAAGUCAAAGGCAUCUCGAAUGGCGUUGAGGACGGGGCCCACCAGCCAAACGGUAACGGGACUCAUGCCAGCUUUGAUGAGGCCCCGCAAGCCAACCCUCAGUUAUUCAUCCUCAGUGCUACUUCUGAAAAAUCCCUUGUUGAAGCUGCCAAGAAUGUGCAGAGCUGGAUCUCUACCAAGGCUUCAGAAGAAGACUGCCUCUCGGAUCUUGCAUACACGUUGAACGUUCGGCGAUCACUCUUGCCGCUCAGGCUGAGUGUUGUCGCUUCGACCCCAGAUGAACUUGUUUCUGCCCUGGAGUCAAAGAAUCUCCGAAUCACAAAACUGCCACACUCUGUUUCGGUGGCCUUUGUCUUCACUGGUCAGGGAGCGCAGUGGUAUGCCAUGGGAAGAGAGUUACUGAGCAUCAGCUCUGCGUUCAAAGACUCGAUUCUCCAGUCAGACAAAUUGAUUCAAAGUUUUGGUUCUGAGUGGAGUCUCGUGGAGGAACUCUCAAAAGAUGAGCAAUCCUCGAGAGUGAGUGACAGCGAGUUGUCUCAGCCUUUAACCACAGCCAUCCAAGUUGCUCUGGUUGAUCUGCUUGCCACUUUGGGUGUCACUCCGCAGUAUGUCUGCGGUCAUAGCUCGGGAGAAAUUGGAGCAGCCUAUGCAGCUGGCGCCCUCACUCUCGAGGCUGCGAUUGAAAUUGCCUACCGCCGUGGACUGUGCUCAACUGCAGCCAAAAAGGCAAACUCCACCAAAGGAUCCAUGCUGGCCGUGGGCGUUGGUGAGGCCGAGGUUUUGCCAUACAUCCGGCAAGUGCAGGACGGCCUUGUCACUGUUGCUUGCGUCAACAGCCCAGAUAGUACCACGAUAUCUGGAGAUGAAGCUGGCAUUGACGAAUUGAGCACAAUCUUGAAUGAUCAAUCCAUCUUCAACAGAAAGCUCAAGGUGGACACAGCCUAUCACUCACACCACAUGAAGAAGAUCGCAGACCAGUACCUCGAGUCCUUACAACAUGUCCAUACCGGCACCCCACGGAGCAAUGUUACUUUCUAUUCCUCCGUGGUAGGAGAGAAAAAGGUGUCGAAUUUUGGACCUCAAUACUGGACAGACAAUCUUGUGUCCAAAGUCCGAUUCAGCGAUGCCAUGAAACUCCUGGCCGAGGAUAUGGCACGCUCGAAAUCGUCCAGCAAUGUCGCCAAUUUCUUUGCGGAGAUCGGCCCACACGGUGCAUUGUCGGGACCCAUCAGGCAGAUCAUGGCCAAGCUCAAUAUCAAGAACUUCAAAUUCACUUACGCAUCUGCUUUUGUCCGGAAUAAGCAUGCCCUGCAGUCUGUGCUGGAGCUGACCGGAAAGCUCUUUGAAUCUGGCUGUGGUAUCGAGUUUGAGAAGAUCCUUGCCUUGCACAAGACCAAGAAAUGGACCGCGAUCGGUGAUCUGAGCCCGUACCCAUGGGAUCACUCGCUAUCGUAUUGGUACGAGUCUCGGCUCAGUCGGGAUCACCGCCUGCGACAAUUCCCAUACCACGAUCUUUUGGGACUGUGGGACGUGGGGAGCACUAUCCACGAGCCGAGGUGGCGGUACCAUCUCAAUGUCGAUGCGCUUCCGUGGUUGAGACAUCAUGUUGUCGAUGGUUUCAUGAUCUUCCCCGGAACUGGAUACAUCUGCAUGGCCAUCGAAGCAAUGAAGCAAAUCUUCCAGCUUCGAAAGACACCUGGACAGAUAACCAAAUUCCACCUCAAGAAUGUGGUUCUAUCCAAGCCGAUCAUUGUUCCAGACCAACGACCGGAUAGUUUCAUCCCGGAUGUGGAAGUUCAACUUACCUUGAGUCGCAUGAAGACCAAUGAUGGUAGUCGAUGGGAGACAUUCAGAGUCUUCUCGUACUCGCCUGAAGGCUCCGGGUCAUGGAAUGAGCAUUGUUCCGGUCAAAUUACUGUUGACAUGGAUUCCAAGGUUGACGAGGUUGAGGGAACUCGAGAGGAAGAAUUCCUAGUUUCUUCCUACAAACAGAAAUUCGAAGACAUUCAGCAAGCGUGCCAUUUCGAUGCCACAAUCAAUCCUCAGAAGUUCUACAACGACCUUCGAGAAUCUGGAAAUGACUUCGGCUCGACUUUCACCUGCAUGACCGAGAUGCAACUAGGUCGCCAUCAAGGUUGGGCCAAGGUCGAGGUCCCCGAUGUCCCAGCCUGCAUGCCUCGCCAGUUCUUGCAGCCCCAUGUGAUUCACCCAUCACUCUUGGACUCUUUGAACCAUCUUGCAGUUGUCUUGUUCAAGAAGGAGUGCAGCAAUGCACCACUCAUGGCGACUUUCUUCGGAGAUAUCAUCAUUGCUGCGGAUAUAACUUCUACUCCUGCCGAUGAACUGAUCGUUGCUCUCGAGAUGAACCCCGAGGGAGUGCGUUCAGCAUCUGGAAACACAUACGCAUUCCAGCAGAAAGAAGAUGGAGAACGCUCUCUUGUUCUGCAUGUGACAGACUGGCAGCUGAAGGCUGUUGGAGAGGCCCAGGCUAAUAAUGGAGAGACCCCAUUCCAUCGCAAGAUGAGUUAUCGGAUGCACUGGCAGCCCGACGUGUCUUUCCUCAACCCGAAGCAACUUACAGUCUCUGCUCCAAUUGACGAGAAACCUCUCAUUGCCACGACAGAUGCCUCUGAGGACUUGAAGAUCGCCGAGAAACUUACAUUUGAGCAAAUCAUUGCCUUGAAUGAGCGCGCAGCGGUGAUCUACAUUCGAGAGGCGUUAGCCCAGGUUUCAGCACAGGCAGAAUCCGUGACUGCUCCUCACCUCGCGAGACUUUUCGAUUGGAUGAAGGCUUCGAGCGAGUCAGAAGUCUGCAAGUCGAUGAUCAAAGGAUUGAGUGCUUUGGAGGAGGAACUCAUUCUGCAGAAGUCUUUGAUCUCCGGUCUUGAAGGACUGAUGCUGUCACGUAUCGGCCUCAAUCUGGCAUCUCUCCUCAACGGAGAAACUGACGCCAUUGAGCUGAUGCAGGAGGAUAGUCUUGUGUCGAGAUUUUACGUUGAAGACCUGUUCUCGCAAAGUCACCAGUACUUGGUGAAAUACCUGAAGUCGAUCGUAUACAAGAAGCCACACAUGAAAAUCCUUGCAAUUGGUGCUGGUAUGGAAGACGGUAUUGCUACUCUGUUGCGUGCGAUCGAUCGACCAGAGGGUCUGAUGGUUGAUCACUUCUAUCUUGCUGAUAGCUCUUCGACGGCCCUGGAGCGCGCGAAACCUCUUUUGCAAGAUUGGGCCCAUUCCAUGGAGUUCAAGGUUUUGGAUCUUGAUAAUGACCUCAAGGAUCAAGGCUUCGAGGUCGGAGGGUACGACAUGGUCAUAGCAGCCAACACUCUCUAUUCCGUGAAGAACGUUGCCACAGCGUUGAACCAAGUUCAUCAGUUGAUGAAGCCGGGUGGUAAACUGGCGAUGGUUGAAUUAAUUCGGCCACCAACACUGGCUAUCGAGACUAUUUUCGGAGUUUUGUCUGGAUGGUGGGCUGCUGAAGACAAUCGCCAGAGUUGUCCCCUACUUUCCGAGUCGCAAUGGCAUGAUCUGCUGCUGGAAAGCUCUUUCAGUGGCACCGAUAUUGUGAUGAAUGAAAAUGAGGGUCCGAAAUCAAGAUCUGCCAUGAUUGUCUCCACUGCUUUGGGCCAAACUGAGAUGGAGAAAACUGUGUCCUCGCAAUGCGUCAAGCUUCUCUCAUUCAAUAGGUGGUGUCCGGCAUUCACAAAGUUCGCAGAGGACUUGUCAUCAGCUCUCAGUCAACGAGGCCUGGAUUGUUCAACCAGCACUCUGAAUCCUAAAGCCAUCGAACAAGGCACCACUUACAUCAUUCUUGAUGACGUUGAAAAUGCUCUUUUGCUAAGCCCUUCGUCUGAUGAGUUCGAAGCGCUGAAGACUCUUUUCAUUACGAGCAGGUCUCUCCUUUGGAUCAGCGGACAAGAAAAGGUCACCCAGAAUGGCACCGCGGCGAAGGGUCUCAUCAACGGCAUGGCUCGUGUGGCCCGACGUGAAAACGAGGGAGUCAAGUUCAUCACCAUCGACAUACAGCAGGAUCUUAUAGGCUCAACAUCAGAGAUUACCAAGCAGAUUCUGGACAUUGCAGAGAGCUCCUUCUGGCCUCCCUCUGAAACGGAACAGUCUCAUGAACAUGAGUUUGCAAUCCAGAAUGAUAUCGUCAUGAUCCCUCGAGUCCAGCCCGACACCAAGUUCAACGAAUGGAUUGACCGUGUAGUGGGAGAUGAUCGCCUUGAUACGCUUCCUUACCACCAGUCCAAUCGCAGCUUGAAGCUUCACGUGGAAACCCCCGGCCUUUUGAGCAGUCUCCGCUUCGUGGAAGACGAUUCUCUGGCCUUGCCUAUGCGCGCGGAUGAAAUCGAGAUUGAGGCAAAGGCGUACGGUGUCAACUUCAAGGAUGUCUUCAUCGCUCUUGGUCAAAUGCUUCCUGGCGUCAACAUGAUCGGAGAAGUCGCUGGUGUUGUAACAGCCGUGGGCUCCGCCAUGCAGGGCCGAUUCAAUGUAGGAGAUCGAGUUGCUGGCGUUGGCGCUCAGCCUUUCACCAGCAGAGCCAGAGUCAAGGGGUUGAUGUCUUGUCGACUUCCUGAAUCGGUCACUUUCACCGUCGGUGCAUCAAUUCCCAUCAUCUAUAUGACGGCCUAUCACUGCAUUGUUGAGGUGGCCCGUCUCCGAAAGGGUCAAAGCAUCUUAAUCCAUGCAGCAUCCGGUGGUGUUGGUCAAGCCGCAAUUCAGUUCGCGCAACAUAUUGGAGCUGAAAUCUUUGCAACUGUCGGAAGUGCAGCCAAGCGUCAGCUAUUGAUUGACCAUUACAACAUUCCUGAGGAUCAUAUAUUCUCGACCAGAUCAAGGAGUUUCAAGCACGGCAUCUUGCGUCUUACCGGUGACAAGGGUGUAGACGUUGUCCUCAACUCUCUCUCAGGUGAAUGGCUCAAUGAUUCUUGGGAAUGCGUGGCUCGUCUGGGUACAUUCGUUGAAAUUGGCAAAACGGAUAUUUACAAGCGAAGCCACCUCAGCAUGGCACCAUUCGAUCGAAGCAUUACCUUUGCAGCUGUUGAUCUGGUAGUCCUGUUUGAGACACAGAUUGAACGGAUGAACGAUGAGUUCCAAACAGUCAUGGGAAUGUUUGAGUCAGGCAUUCUCACACCCGUGGCUCCAGUCACAGCCAUCCCUGUCUCGAAUAUCGAAGAGGCUUUCCGCUUGAUCGCUUCUCGAAAGCACACGGGCAAAGUCGUCGUUGAAGCUGAAUCAGAUGCUCUCGUGAAAGCAGUUAUUGCUAAGCCUGAGCCGUUGCAACUUGAUCCGUCUGGAUCCUAUGUUGUAGCCGGUGGUCUUGGUGAUCUAGGUAAAAGGAUUUGCCGACUUCUGGCGAUUCAUGGUGCAAAGCACAUUGUGACCCUGUCUCGUCGGUCUCUUUCCGAUGAGGAUCGACAGGCUUUCGAAGCUGACAUGGCUCAACUUGGUGCAACACUGCACAUUGUCAUGUGUGAUAUCAUUGACGAGUCCUAUAUGGCGGAGGCUGCGAGUAUCUGUCAAGAAAGUCUGCCACCAGUCAAAGGUGUCAUCCAUGCCGGCAUGGUUCUUCGGGAUCAUCCUCUCGAGCUCAUGACUCCGGACGACUAUCUGGGUGCAACCAAGCCAAAGACCCAAGGCACCUUGAACUUGCACUCAAGCUUCCAGGGACCUGCGCUAGACUUCUUCAUCACGCUUUCCUCCAUCACAUGUAUUGUCGGCAAGACUGGUCAAGCAAACUACUCUGCUGGAAAUGCCUUCCAAGAUGCGUUCGCUCAUGCCCAUGCUGGAAAGUCCCAUACACGAUACAUCUCGCUCAACCUCGGUGCCAUUGACGGCUCUGAUGCUAUCACAUCUUUGCCUAUUCGCCAGCAAGAGCUAAUGCGUCAAGGUGCAAUUCUGGUCAAAUUUGAGGAACUCUUCAAGGUCCUCGAGUAUGCAAUGGGUCCUCAAGCAGCUCUCGAUGAGUGCGUUCAAUCCAUCAUGGGCUUUGACCGACAGUCUAUGGAGACAGUGCAGGAUACCUUUGGACUGAGUAACCCCAUGUUCAGCCAAGUGCCUUAUCUUUCGGAUCAAAACAGUUCCGGCGAUGGGGCAUCCGACAAGGUUGACACGGAGAAGGCAAUUCGGAAUUCCGCUACCAUUGCGGAAGCUGAGGAAAUUAUCACUCACGCCAUUGCUGAAAAAUUUGCUCUCUUCAUGGACCGAGCGAUUGAAGAUGUCAACCUUGACCAGUCACUUGCUGCUUUCGGCCUCGAUUCACUGGUCUCAAUCGAAUUGAAGAACUGGAUGGUUCGAACAUUCCACGUCACUUUGCAGACAUCGGAGAUUGCAGAUGCACUUAGCGUGGUUGCGCUGGCAAAGACAAUUACAUUGCGUUCCAAGUUGAUCAGCGAUGAACUACGCGGUACUCCUGCCAGCUCCGAUGAGACCGAAGAAGCGCCCGUUGAGCAGGCCGCAGUUGAAGAAGCUUCCGGUCCAAACCACAGUCUUGAAUGCUGUCGAUAUGCAAAGGAUCUUCCCAAGCAGCCGCUGAUGGAUUUAGACGAGGCCCUGGGCAUGAUUUCAGGCAGCACUCGUCAUUUCGCUACAGAGGAAGAGUACACAGCCCUCUGCCAGGCGAUUGAGACAUUCGGACAGCCAGGAAGCACAGGCCGUCAAUUGUAUGAGAAACUUGUCACCAUGGCGAGCGAUCCAAAGGUGGACAACUGGAUGGUCGACUUCCUGACAGAUGCGACAUUCCUCAGGAAACGAUUCCCCCUGGUUCCUCUCUCAAGCUUCUUCGCCACACACCACGACGCUGCAGUUCCCCAUCCCCAGGCAGAACGAGCUGCUUUGAUCGCGACAACUGCGUUCCGGUUCAAGGAAGCGGUUGAUGCUGGUACCCUGGAGCCACAUUGGUAUUUCCAUAUCCCAUCUUGCAUGGAUUCUUGGCAAUGGCUUUUCAACACCACUCGUGAGCCCCAGUUGGAAGUUGAUGUUAUGAGACAGUACCCUGGAAACGACUACUGCGUCGUGCUCCGCCGGGGUCAUGUCUUCAAGGUUGCACUCAAGAAUGGCACUGAGCCUGUCUCAUACGCCACUAUCAAAUCUCAAUUCGAUGAGAUCUUGAAGAAUGUUCAAGAUGAGGGUUUCUGGACAAGCAUACUGACCAACGAUAACCGAGAUUCCUGGGCCACGAUCCGCGAGACACUCAUUUCAAUGAGCGACACAAACGCAGAAUGCAUCCGAGUCAUCGAGCAAGCACUCUUCGUCAUCUGCCUCGACAACGGCGCACCAACAACCAGCUCUGAUCGAAUCCGCAAGGCCUACCUCGGCGACGGUUUCAACAGAUGGAACGACAAGGGCCUGCAAUUCAUCAUCUUCGAAAACGGUUCCUCCGGGUACCAAGUCGAACACACCAUGAUCGACGGUCUAACCGUGCACCGCAUGAACGAAUGGAUCCACGAAUCCAUCCGCUCGCACAUCCCUAACCAAGACCACACGAACGGCACAUCCAACGGUAUCCACCCAACCCUCGAAGAAUACACCCUCACCACCACCCCAAGCAUCGACUCACACAUCCUCGCCGUCCGAAACUCACACCUCCAAACGACCUCAUCCCGCGAAUACUCCUACCUCACCCUUUCCCACUUCGGCAAAGACUUCCUCGCCCGUCACGGCUGCCCCAUCAAAUCCGUCUUCGACGUCACAAUCCAACUCGCCAGCAAUCUCUACUUCGGCCACAACCCCGCCUCCUGGGAACCAAUGUCAAUGGCACACUUCCACAAAGGCCGAACAGAGAUCUUCCAAGGCGUUCUCCCCUCCGUAGCCCAAUUCUGUACCACCGCAACAGACACGGCCGUCCCCGCGGUCCAACGACGCGAGAUGCUCAUCCGUGCUGCGAACGAGUACACGGCCGGACUGCAGAAUUCAGGCAAGGGGAAUAAUUAUUUCCGUCUUAUGACUGUUUUGGAGGGGAUGUGGCCGGUUGAAGAGGAGGAGUUGGCGCCGUUGUUUAGGGAUCCGGUUUGGUUGAGGACGUAUCCGAGGUUUAUUAUGUCUGGGUUGACGGAUGGGGGGUCGUUGGAUUCGGCGUUUGCGUUGGUUGAUCCGGAGGGCGUUUGGAUUUGUUAUUCUAUUGGGGAGAAUGAGGCACGCUUUUCUAUUGUUGGGCCUGUUGGCAAGGUUUCCAGGUUUGAGGAAGUGUUGGAUGAGGCUACGGCUCUUGUCAAGACACUGGUCGAGUCGAGUUAGUUAUGAUGUGUGCG